AUGCCAGUGACUACAGUGAUCGUAGCUUACAAUUGGAAUGCGUCGAUACUCGACAAACUCGUCUUUUCACGUUGUGUUUUCACGGGAAUCGCUGAAAAUCAACAGAAUUUCAGCUAUUUUCUGGGCGCUUUGGGAAGUUUGGCGAUUUUCUUGAUGACUAUCAGAUAUCAUUGGAAAUUUAGAAAAAGUCGAGGAAAAACGGUGGAUUUUUUGAAAAACUUUUCUCUGUGAAACUAGAAAGAAUUAAUUAUUACAGAACCUCAUCCAAACAACAAUUGAUCAAAUAUAUAUGGUGACCAUAAUCCCAACAAUCGGAUGUUGUCUAGCAGUUUACCACGUCAUUCUAUCAAGCAUCCUUCAAACUAUCCCAGCCUAUGAUCAAAUUAAACAAUGGACCGAAAAAGAUCUGAAACAAUCCACAAAUUUCCUCUGUUAUUUGUAUAUCACUAUUCAAUCGCUAUAUAUCUGUGGAACUGCCGUAAUUUUCAUUGCUGAUUUUGUAUUCGGAAAUAUGAUUGAUGUUUUGAUAACUUUGCUAGUCAUUCAACGAGCUUUUAUCAUAUUUGUUGGGCAGAAAUUCAAGUGUUUGGUGGGCAAAAAUGCGUUUCGAAUACUAUCCAUAAUUAUAUGGGGCUUAUUUUCAAUCUAUCGUAUUUUCAUGAUUCUUAAAUACCGAGAAAUAGACAAUCGUGGAAGGAUUGAACCUCGCCCAGAAUUUAUCGGAUUAUAUAAUUUCACAAUAUCUUCAUCGAUUUGCACUUCAAUAUUUUGCACAAUUUUGUACAGUUUAUUAUUUUAUCGUCUUUUCAAACAGCGAAACAAUGCGCAUUUUUGGGAAGUUCCUGAAAUCGCAUUUUUAUAUGAAGGUGUGCCAAUAUUGAUGAGCAGAGUUCUGGUGGCUUUUUAUACUUUUGAACCAUUUUCGGAUGAUGUCAGCUUUAUUGAGAAAAUCUAUAAUUAUGACAUACGUUAUCAAAUAAUAUCGAUAGCUUUGGUGCAAUUUACGUAUAUUUUUGAUGUCACAACCAUUCGCAAGUUUUUCAAGAGAAGAGAAAGAAGAAGGGUUGAUCUAAAUCCAACAAAUCAUAGCAGAAUUUGAGAUUUGCACCUGGCAGACUUUGAACUUUAGCUUUUUAAAUCAGUCCAUUAUUCAAAAAAAUGCGAAAUUUCACUCUCGCUUCUAUUCCCAGCUUUUCCAUCAUGGAAAAACUUGUAUUCUCCCAGAAAAUGCUGCCAGUUGAGUUGGCAGAAGAGCCGCAAAACAUCACAUAUUUCCUGUGUGCUUUGGCGAAUUUCGGAGUGUUUUUGAUGACGUGUUGGUAUUGUGGAAAAGUUCAGAGAAGGCGGGGAGAAGCGGUGAGUUUUUUUUUUGUGGAAAAUUUUUGAUUUCUGAAAAAUUCUCUCUGAAAUCCACCUGAAUUCAAAUUGUUUUCUGAGUUUGUAGAAAUAGGAAAUGAAAAAAAAUUGAGAAUGAUAAUGCCACGUCAUAGUUCACGCUAUUCUAAACUGCGUGGAAUUAGAGAUUUUAAUUUCAGAUUUUCUUGAAUUACGGCAAAUCAGAUUUUAUAAAAUUAAAAAAAAAUCUGAUUUGCUGUAAUUCAAGAAAAUCUGAAAUUAAAAUCUCUAGGCAGUUUAGAAUGACGUGAACUAUGACGUGGCAUUAUCGUUCUCAAUUUUCAUUUCCUAUUUCUUAUCCCAGAGAACAAUUUGAAUCCAGGUGACUUUCAGAAGAAUUUUUCAAAAAUCAUAAAUCCGCGCGAUUUGAAAAUCACAAUUCACUUUAAAAUACCCCUUUUCAGAACCUCAUUCAAUCCACCAUCGACCAAAUCUACAUCGUCACAAUAAUCCCAUCAAUCGGUUGCUGUCUAGCAGUUUGCCACGUCAUCCUUAACCAAGUCUUCCACCAUAUUCCAUCCUAUGAUGACAACAUCCUUGGUGUCGCCGUCGAUCUUGAAUUCCCCGAAAACUUUGUUCAUUUUCUAUUCAACGUUAUCUAUAUUCUCUACUUACUUGGUUAUAUUCUCCUGUUAUUCUGCUGUUUUCUAUUCUCAAAUAUGCUGGAUGUUUUGAUAACUCUUCUGGCGAUUCAACGAGCUGUUAUCAUAUUUUUCGGAGAGAGCUGGAGGUUUUUGGUGAGCAAGAAUGCUUUUCGCAUGGUUUCUGCUGUUAUUUGGUGCGGUUUUCUGCUGAAUCGCAUGGUGGUUUAUAAAAAAUUGAAGGAAUUGCAAAGAACCGCUGAAAAAAUCGUAAACCAUCCUGAAAUUAUUUUAUAUUAUAAUUUCACACUUGCUCUAUCAAUUAUCUCCACAAUAUUCUGCACGAUCUUAUAUAUUUCACUAUUUCGUCAUCUUUUCAAGCAGCGAAACAAUAACAGGAAACUUUGGGAAGUUCCAGAAAUCGCAUUUUUAUAUGAAGGGGUUCCAUUAUUGAUUACUAGAGUUUUGGUAUCCUUUUACACCUAUGAACCACUGACAAAUGAUGUGGUAAACUAUGCAAAAAGUAUGUAUAAUUAUGAGAUUCGCUAUCGAAUUAUAUCAAUCGCUUUGGUUCAAUUCACAUAUAUUUUUGAUAUUUCGACAAUUCGCAGGGGUUUCGAGAAGAUUUUUCGCGCAAAUUCAAUCAAUUUGAGUCCGUCAACUCAAAUCUAA